GCCUCUCACGGACAUUCGGCCCGGUCAGUCUCAGUCGCAGUCACAGAGUACGUACUACUUGUCUUCAGUUGCGUGAACUCACGAAAGUUGUGUGGACGUGUAUUGUGGAGCACGAUGAACUUUCGGAAGUGACUGCAAAGUGUAUAGUGAACAAGAACUGGUGUUAAAUAAACAGACACAAUGUUGGCUGAUGGGGAGAUCGUCGGCGACGGGUCGUGGAACCUCACGAUCUACGUCACUGACCUCAGCGAAAAAAGAACUAUGGUCGUAAAAGGAGACAUGCACAUUGGCGGGGUUAUGCUGAAACUGACGGAGAGCUUCGGUAAAGAUUUCAAGAAAGACUGGUCGGACCACGCACUUUGGUGGCCAACUCGGAACAAAUGGCUGUCGCGUCCCAAACACACGUUGGACCAAUAUGGAGUUCAUGCAGAUGCCGCUCUGCAUUUCACACCUAUGCACAAACCUUUGAGGAUCCAGCUACCGGACUUGAGAUACAUUGACUGCAAGAUCGAUUUCUCUAUCGACACAUUCAGCGCUGUAAUACAACUUUGCAAACAUCUUGGUAUACGGCAUCCAGAAGAACUGUCACUCUGCUAUCCACUCGAACAAUCCCACCUGAAACAAAACUACCAGAAUCUAAAAGAAGCGAAGAGGAUUAAGUCAACACACGCGCCGGACACUAACACCUUCAUUGCUGCAACGAGGGGUUCUUCCAAUAGUUUGGAUAAAUCAAAUGGGCAUUGCCCAGCGACGCCACCACCUCCGAGAUCACUGUCUGCUACACCUGUGGCUUCACAACAGAAUGGAACUCUUCGACGUUACGGCGGCCACAUCUACAGUACCCAAAGCGAUGGAUCCAGUGACGGCGGCUACUGCGGCACUCCACCAAGAGCUGCCUCUAUGGAUGCCUUGGACUCGCUCAGUGAGCUUUCCCUGGCUGAUUCUCCUAUACAACCUGACAGCCAGUCAAGGGAAUCUCUUCUCACACCAAAAUCACUAAUGGAACGUGCCAGAAUGAAUGUCGGUUGGCUCGACUCAUCCCUGUCCAUAAUGGAGCAGUAUGUGCGGGAAUUCGACAUACUGCAGCUGCGAUUCAAGUUCUAUUCGUUCUUCGAUCUGACGGCGCGGUCGCAAGACGCAUCGCGUCUCAAUCAACUGUACCAACAAGCGCGUUGGCAGAUCCUUAACCAGGAGGUGCACUGCACUGAGGAGGAGAUGCUUUUGUUCGCUGCUUUACAGGUACAAAUCGAGCUCCAAACUUUAGCUGGAGGCAGUAUUGACGCUGCCGACGGUGCUCAUAACUUAUCAGCCUCAGCACCUGAAGACGAGAUAGACGCGGCUCUCAGCGAGCUACAGGCUCAAUUGGAAGGUGGUCCACCAGCCAGGCCUGAUAUCACACACGUGCCAGAACUGGCGGGGUAUUUGAAGUAUCUCAAGCCAAAGCGUUUCACCCUGAAGGCAUACAAGCGUGGCUGGGUGUCAUGCAGGGAUGGUACUUUGCGUUUUCACUCUUCGCGCGAUGCUGCUACGAGAGGCGAAAUGCCUUCAUACUCGGUUGAACUGAGGGGUGCUGAGGUGACUCCUGACGCGCAUCCAGCUUCUGGCCGAUACAGCAUCAAGCUGGAGGUGCCAGCUGACGACGCCAUGCAUGAGAUGUGGCUCAAGUGUGAGAAUGAAGAGCAAUACGCCGAAUGGGUAGCAGCCUGCCGCCUAGGUUCCCGCGGGCGUUCCCUCGCCGAUGCGGCCUUCACCACCGAAGCUGCCGCGGUCAAAACAUUGCUCGCCUUACAAAGGCCGCAGCCCGGUGCUGCGCUCAGCCAACAGCACGUGCCGCAUCUCGAUCGCUUGAACCCGGAGAACUAUUUAGCUCCGAGAUUCCUUAAGAAACUUAAGGGCAAGUUCACCCAACGCGUACUAGAAAGUCACGCGAAUGUCAAAGAUCUGCCACUACUGGAAGCAAAACUUCAAUACAUCAAAACCUGGCAGAACCUGCCUGACUACGGCCAGACGCUGUUCGUGGUGCGUUUUAUGGGGCACCGCAAAGAUGAGUUGAUCAGUAUCGCAAAUAACCGCAUCAUGCGAUUGGACCCUAACACUGGCGACCAUAUUAAGACCUGGCGAUUUAGCACUAUGAAGGCAUGGAACGUCAACUGGGAGAUAAAACACAUGAUGGUACAAUUCGAAGAAGGUAACAUUAUCUUCUCAGUUCAAUCAGCCGACUGCAAAGUCGUUCACGAGUUCAUCGGAGGCUACAUUUUCCUCUCUAUGAGAUCCAAGGACGCUAAUCAAACGUUGGACGAGGAACUUUUCCAUAAACUUACCGGGGGGUGGACGUAGAUGGUAAAUUAAGUUGGCGUGUUUAUAGGUGCUUGUUUUAACUCUGACCAGUGGAUAUACGCGCAUUAAAACUUAACUAGAGAACCCGAAAAAGCAUAGUAAAAGCAAAAGAACUUCUAUAACGCCAAUUUCUAUGCGUUAAAAACGAUUUGUAAUUUUAAUAUCCAAUGUCAGAAGGAAUGUGAAGCAACUUCGUCACUUAUAAUGGAAUAUCUAUAGUGAUUGCAUUAAAAAUAUGUUUUAAACAUCAUUAGUGGAUUUUUCGACGCUAGUUAGAUGGCGCCUGAUAGAGAACGGAAAAUCUCAAUUGAUCAGAGUUAAAAAUUAGAAACAAUUUACUUUUUCAAGUUUAAAAAGUUAAGUGUAUCUAUAAAAUGUAUGAAUUUUAAUCAGUGCCUUUAUUGGACAUAGUGUAUAGUUAUAAUAUGAAAUAAACAUAAAUUUGUUCUAACAAGGUUUAAGGAACGUUGUUAUUGUAUUAAUUGUUGUAUGGAAUGAUUAUGGGUGACGAUUCUGUUUAGGGUUUGUUUAAACUAAAUCUAAAUUGAACAGGUUUAUCAUUGCCACGCUUCAGAACCAACAAUCUAAUAAGACAACGUCGUUAGUACUAAGAGCUUGAUUCACUGUAGAAAUUAUUUCUACACAAAUGAUGAGUCAUCUCAUACAUUUCUUUUUGCAAUAUAAUGUUUAAUUGGCCCAGUUUAUUCAAAUUGUCUCUCGCUAAUUCUUUUACGUGCAUUGUUAGGCAGUGUCCAAAAUGUCGGUUGUGGUACAUUUACAACCGAAGUUGGUGUCUAGAAAAUAAAAUGUCUGCAUCAACUAGUUUAAAUUAUUAGUUCUGAUUGUAGAACUUAUAUAUUAUUAUUAUUAUUAUUUUGAAGUGAAUUUCGGUCUAUUUUCUAAAUUAGUGACGGAUCAUAUUACACUUGACAUUCAAUUUUAUAUUGUAAUAUUCUGACAAAGAAUCAUCGUCGGAAUUGGGGCCAACCUUCAAGUAUGAACUGAAGUAUAAACUGAUUCAUUAUAUUCUGUCAACAUUGUUUAGUUUUAGAAAUGCACUGACAUAAUUGUCACCUUCAACAUUGAAAUCGGUUGAAAUAAACGGUGAGGGAGAUGGUUAUUAUAAUCUGAAGUUAUUUGUCCUUAUUUUUACUUAUUUGCCAAGGCAAAGUUUAGCGUAUGCAUAAUGCAAAGUGCAUAUUUCCUACACAGUGUUAAGAAAAAAUAUUCAAAGGGCCAUGUAUUAUUGUACCAAGAGUAUGCAUUACUAUUUUGAAAAUAUGACUUUGAAUCAAUUAUAUAUUUAAAUAUAGUGCUUCCAAUUAAAGUGUAGCAAUUUUGUAAAUGCCAAAUAUAAUUUUUCUAUGCAGAAUUUUUUCAAGAAACAAACAAACAAGUUUGUUUGUUUCUUGUUACAUCACUCUUAUAAAUGUGCUUAAAAAUUAUGAGCUUUCUAAUAAAUAUUUUAAGUUUAUAGUUUUAUUUUAAUUUUGAAUAUACAUCAUUGUCUUUUUAGUAUUUAUUAGAUAUUUUUAGAAUUAUAAACUAUUUCACUAAGUGCCAUUCAAUAACACAAAUAAAUGACUUUUGGUUUGGUGCUUGCGAUUAUAAAAGUUUUCAGGGAGUCGUGUUUUGGGAUUUUUUAAAUAUUUUUGAUUUAUACAAUUGUAAAUAAAUGUUUAUUUCGACCAGUGUAUAAUGAUUUCAAAUUCAGUUACUGGUUUCGCCUCAUUGUUUAGUACAGGAAAAUUUUAUUUCAGCCGGCGAGGUACUGAAGCAUACUCCACAAUGGAGUUUAACCCUUGUUUUACUUUUCGUACAUUUCUAAUUGGAAUUAAUGUUAAAUUCAGAUUUAAAUAUAUUUUAUGGUUGACUACUAGUCUCAACGAGAUCGCAUAUGAUGCCGUCGGUUUUUAAGUGUAAUUUUCUUCUAAUUGUAUGAGUAUUAACAAUAAUUCGCCUUAUUUUUAUGUAGAAUUGUACAAAUUGUAUGUACACCUUAAUAAAUUAGUAACGUUUGUAAAUGAAUG